AUUAGCAGAAACAUGUUGCACCUUAAUUUCGUUGAUGGAAGUUACUGAGCCUAGAUUUAGCUAUUUUAGGAAACAUAAAAUAUUUUAAAAUAUAUAUCAAAUAUUAAAAAAAAUAGCAAGGCUAUUUCAGAUUACUCCGCUUUUAUUACCUCGCUUCAUGGAAUAACGCCCGUACAUGCGCUGCUGUUGUUUACACGUUCACUGCAGCAACGUCUUUCACUGAUUGACAGAUGGCUGACUGAUGUGUUCUACAUGAGCGUAUACCAUCGUUUAACAACCUCGUAGCUCAUGGCGAGUCAAUGUUACAGUUCUGUGUGGCAGAAUGGCAUCGGUACUUCCGGAACCUGACUGUUCAACUCCAGCGGGAACAAGGAAGGGGAAGUUUUUGCAGUAGUGUGGACUUUAACACUGGGCCACUAAUGACCGUAGCCUAUUACUUAGGUUUAUUUUCAUAUUUGAUUUAGAGCUAUUACUUGUUUAUACUGUGUACACAGGACACGGAAAUGGGAGAUUUGCAUGCUGGAUCACCGGUUCCUGCCUUUGAGAAAGACCCGUUGGAACUUGGGGUUGAAGAUGUUUAUGACAUUUCAUACGUCAUUGGCAAAGACUUAUUAAAAAUAAACAGUGGUGGUCAGGAGGUCUCAGAAUUACAAUUCAAAAUUGUCCGAGUGUUGGAAAUGUUUGAAAUAAUGGUAAGUAAGUAUAGCCUGUCGCUGGAGGAGCUGAGAAUGGAGCGAGACAACCUGAAAGGAGAGCUGGACAGAGUUGUUGCGGGUUCGCAUGAAACCGGUAACAAUCAGAUAAUUGGGCCCGACAAGCUGGUGAUAGAUAUGAAGGACCCAAACCGACCACGAUUCACAAUGCAGGAGUUAAAGGAGGUUCUACAGGAGAGGAACCAGCUUAAAGCACAGCUACUGGUGGCCCAAGAAGAGCUACAACUCUAUAAAAGUGGUGUUUUACCUAAGCCAGAACCAAACAUGGUGGAAGUAAAUCUGGGGACUCCUUCCUCAUUAGACCCCCAACUUUCUGUUCCUACAAAGGAGAACAAAGAACUACACAAAGAGGAGAGGACUACUAUUCAAAAACUGUUCUCAUUUAGAAGAAAAUGACAACAGCAUCUAACUUGCCUCUAGGGAUCAGAAGCAUAUUUUCAAGGACUCUGACAUCUUCUGUAUAGUGUCCUAAUCAACGGGACAAUAUGUUGUACUUUUGAAAAAUCUUCCUCUUAUGUGAAUUUCUCUUUUUAAAAGCCAUUUGUUCAUCUAACAAAUUAGUUACCUUUUAAAAUGCUACAUGCUUACUACAAGUUUCAUCACUUACUGUUGCUUUACAUUCAUUUUGUUGAUUGACAACUUAUCAAAUGAUGUUGGAUUUUAAAAAAAAUAAAUAAAAAAAGGGGGCUCCUGAGUGGGGAGCAUUCACCCCGUUUUUGGGAGAACUCAAGUUUAACGGUGGCUGGGAGCAAAAUUGGAAAUUAUCACUGGGAGGGAUGCUAUACUCCCUCUCCUGUCAAUCACAGUGACACUUGGUAGUUGUGGGCAUCUGUGAGCUCAUGUAUGCAAAAGAUAGAAGAUAGUGUUUUCCUCCAAGUGUGUUAUGAUGCCCUGCAACACCCCAUGAGCAGCAGUUGGAAAAAGAUGCAGUUGGAGCAUGUUAGACUUCACCCUCCCAGUUUGUAGCUGUUAUUUGAUAGGGGAGAGUUGGCUGGUGGGUAGAAAUUGGCAGGUGUCCAAUUUGGGAGAAAAUGGGGGGAAGGUCUGGAAAAAUUAUCCACACAGGAUACUCAAGAACUAAUACUUACUUGUACAGUCUUUUUCUAAUUACAGGUAUCUUGCGGCACCAUUUUAAAUAAAAAAAAUUGAUCUCUUGAAAUUUAACAGGGUUUUUCUACCUAGGCUCUGCUUUAUUAACAAAACUCAAUGUUUGAAGAUAUAGUUCAAAUUUAAUAAAGACAAAAAUUGCUAA